GCAAUAAAAGCAGUGACUUCUGCUCGGCACGGAGCAAGAGGCUGGGGUUGGAGUAAUGUGGGAGGCGUGGAUCUGGCUCUCUUCCCUCUGACACGGACAUAGCGUUGUCCGAAUGGCGGGUCGCAUCUUGCAGCUGCGGCUCCCGCUCUGCAGCCCCGGGCUCCGGGCGCGCGCCCUCUGGCCCGGCAGCCGUGACCAUGGCAACCGCGGCCUAGCCCGGCCUCGCCGCUGCUUCAGCGCCGGCUCCCCGCCGUCUGUAGCCGGGGACGGGCCUCCGCUCGCACACAGCGCCGGCUCCCCGCCGUCUGUAGCCGGGGACCGGCUUCCGCUCGCACACAACGCCGAUCCCGGGCCGGUACAGCAGCAGCAACAGCACGGGGAGACUGAGCGCAACCGGGCCGGCGCUGGGGCCGCAGAUGUCAGGAGGCUGCUGGCUCUGGCCUACCCCCAGCGGUGGCCGCUCGCAGCUGCCGUGGGCUUUCUAGGCGUAUCCAGCAUGGUGACCAUGUCUGCGCCGUUCUUUCUCGGAAAGGUUAUCGAUACAAUUUACACAAAUCCUGCCGGAGGGGACGUGACUGCGAACUUGACGUCGCUGUGUGCUGUAUUAAGUGGCAUCUUCCUUUGUGGAGCUGCUGCCAAUGGUGCCCGUGUCUACCUCAUGCAGAGCUCAGGACAGCAGAUUGUCAGGCGCUUGAGGGGAAGACUCUUUUCUUCGAUUCUUUGUCAGGAGGUUGGGUUUUUCGAUAAGACCAGCACAGGAGAGCUGAUAAACCGACUUUCAUCUGAUGCCGUUAUUCUUGGAAACUCGGUCACAGAGAACCUGUCUGAUGGACUAAGAGCUGUGGGCCAGGCAUCAGCUGGCAUUGGCAUGAUGUUUUACGUGUCACCUCAGUUGGCCAUGUUUGUCCUGGGUAUUGUUCCCCCGGUCGCCAUAUUAGCAGUGUUUUAUGGACGAUACCUUCGCAAGAUUUCUGGAGUGACUCAGGAUUCACUAGCUGAUGCGACGCAGCUUGCUGAAGAGCGCAUUGGAAAUAUAAGGACUGUUCGUGCUUUUGCCAAAGAGAACUCUGAGCUGCAGAUAUACAUGAACAAGAUCAGCCACGUACUGCAACUUGCCAAGAAAGAAGCAGUGGCUCGGGCAGGGUUUUAUGGGGCAACUGGGCUGACCGGAAACCUGAUUGUUCUGACAGUGCUAUACAAGGGAGGCCUGAUGAUGGGCGAAGCCCACAUGACAGUGGGAGAACUCACUUCUUUCAUGAUGUAUGCCUUCUGGGUGGGAAUAAGCAUUGGAGGCCUUGGCUCCUUCUACUCGGUAUUAAUGAAGGGACUUGGAGCAGGGAGCCGACUGUGGGAGCUACUUGAAAGAAAACCAGCAAUGCCACUUAACGAGGGCAUUGUUUUGCUACCAGAGGAGUUUAAAGGAGCCAUUGAGUUCCGUGGUGUCCAGUUUGCCUAUCCUACCCGCCAGGAAUUUUCAGUAUUUAGCGGGCUAGACCUGUCUAUCCCAGCGGGCUCAGUAAUGGCUAUAGUGGGGAGCAGUGGCUCAGGAAAAUCAACACUGGUGUCCCUGUUGCUGAGGCUCUACGAUCCAGUUUUGGGCACCAUCACUAUUGAUGGCCACAAUAUACGGAGUCUCAAUCCACGCUGGCUACGUGAGAACAUCGGAGUGGUAAAUCAGGAGCCCAUUCUGUUCUCCUGCUCGAUUGCAGAGAAUAUUGCUUAUGGUGCCACCAAGGACGGAGAUCUAAUGAUGUGUGACAUUGAAAAGGCUGCCAAGGUUGCCAAUGCCUUAGAGUUCAUCCACACCUUCCCCAAAGGCUUUCAAACAAUGGUUGGGGAGAAAGGAGUCCUACUCUCAGGUGGCCAGAAGCAAAGGGUUGCAAUUGCUCGGGCUCUGCUGAAGAACCCCAGAAUUUUGUUGUUGGAUGAAGCUACAAGCGCACUGGAUUCAGAGAAUGAAUAUUUGGUAAAAGAAGCUUUGGAUCGAUUGAUGAAAGGAAGAACAGUACUGAUCAUUGCCCAUCGCCUGUCAACCAUUCAGAACGCCGAUGCUGUUGCAGUCCUGGACCAGGGCAAAAUUGUCGAGUGUGGCUCACAUCAGCAACUGCUCACAAACUCCAAGGGAUUAUUUCGAAAACUUGUGGAAAAGCAGACUAUUUUUCAGAACAGUCAAAAAUUUGUUUUGAAUGCCUAAUCAUGUCUAAAUGUUGAUAACAUUGUCCCAGCCUACUUUCCAAAAAAUAAACUUACAAUUCAAGGGACACAGAAAUGCUUUAGUUUUGAUUGACUACUGCAUAAGUGGUAAGUAGAUUUUGCACAUUGGGAAUAUAUGAUCCCUUCUGUGGACUCAGGUUGACAGAGAAACAAAUCAGUUGUUUCACUUGGAGCCAGGAGAAGUUCAUUCCAGAGUUACACUCGUCUCAUAGGACUGGAUAGGCCUUGGUGUCAUUGUGCUUGGGCCAUGUCUUAACACUGAGUACUUGAAAAGAAGGAAGCAAACUUUUCAAUAGCUCAAGUUGCCCUUCUUCAGCGUUUAACUAUUUUCUACCUUUUUGGACUAAAGUUGCCUUUUUUUCAUUGGUGUUAAGUAACUUUCACCGGGUGAUCGAUGGGAUAUUAAAUUCUGUGCAACAAUAAAUGGUGACAUUUGCCACUGAGAAAAUAUGUAUAGAUCUGUGUAUUUUGUGAAAUUUACAGGUAUGGCCUAAUGUUUAUAAUUUGUUAGACCUAAUUGUUUUUUUUCAAUCAUGGUGGUUUAUAAUUGAAUAUGGAUUUUAAAUUCAGAUGUUUGUUCCUCAGAAUUGCGGCAUUUUUACUGUAAAUUAAAAAUGACCAACUUACAA